AUGGCAUCCAACAGCCAACAUCCGCCUAGCUCCUCUUCCUCUGCCAUUCCCAACUCUUCCGCUACUGCUGCUCACUCGGAAUCGAAUGCGCAGCUCGGAAACAAUGGGUACGCACCUAACGACAACCAGCUUGCCGGAUUGGUAGAAGCAGCCACUGCCGCUGCAGACCAAGACGUGUCGCAAUGGGCUACCGCAGAAGCACUUGCAUCAGCUGCCGGUGCGGCCGGCCAUCACCACCAGCUUGAGGCCUAUGGAGCUGACAUGCACCUCGGCGACGACGGUUUCGGUGAUGCAAAGUUUGACGCGAACUUUGCGACUCCCAUGGGUAGCGCAAGGCAUUUGAGAGCACCAAGCCAAACUGAUCACCAAUCACCCGGCCUCACACGUACCGCAACAAAGAAGCGUAAGCGCAAUGACGACAAUCUCGACCCAGCCCUGGCGGGUGCUGGCCUUACUGCUGCCCAGCACCAGGCGCAGUCCCAGCAAACCCCACAUGGAUACACCGGCGAGAGUAUGGAAAUUCGCACAGAGCAACCUCAAACACUGUCUGAUGCUCGAGCUGUCGGAGUUCAUUCUGCCGCUGCGCUGUUCCGUCAACCUUCCAGCAACAAGAAGUACACUCGCCCCCCAAUUUCGAAAAUGUUUAGCUCGCUCGAGAUAUCACCAGAGAACUUCUUGCAUCUCCAGGCUGCUGCUAAGAACUACAUGUUGGAUGACGAUCACCCAGAAAGACGUGAUUGCGUUGGACAGCGCGGUAAGGGAGAUACAGAGAUGGUCAAGCUCCGGCUCUGGAACUGUGUUCGUCAAUUCCUUGAAGCCGAGGGCAACGGCGAACGAUUCUUUGGGGAAAAUGUCCCCAACGAGGGAAUGAAUCCCAGAAGCUACUCCUGGCCGCGCGACCAGCAGAAGAUCAUUUCACUGGUCAUACCCCUACUUCGUCGGAUGGUCACAAACGAAAGACAACGCCGAUAUGCCAUUGAGACUCGGAAAGGCGGUGGUCCCGAUGACCGACGACGUCGCAAGACUGAAGAGUUCUCGAAUAUGAACGACUCCCGCUUCUCGCCUGAUCAAUCUAUGAUACAAAACCAGACGCAUCGUGAUGACUUGUCGCAAUCAAUGCCUCAGCACGCUUUGCAGCAACCAAUUGAUUCGUCCCAGCCCAUGGACCUCGGUCUUACGGAUCUCCUCUUAGAUGGAUACACUACUGACUGGGAAGAGAUUGCCCGUUCUUACGACGCAUACAACCAAGGCUUUGAGCUUGAUAAUCUGUGGUCCAUUUCUGGUCUUCAGCAGCCCGAUUGGCGCGGCUUCGUUGCUGCAGUCGAUAGCCAUUACCACGUCAUCCACAAUGGUGAUCACGAGUGCCCACCUGCUUGCGAGGACGAGAACAUCAACCGCAUCAUUCACUCCGAGGUUACCUCAUCGCUUCACUGGCGAGUUGGUGGAGGUCGUCAUAUCGCAGCCCGUGAUGAAUUUGCUAGCAGCAUCGCCCGCGAUGUCUCUCGCAUUAUUCGCGAGAACAUCGCCGUUCGCCACGGCCACCCUCAACCAGAUAAUCACUUCCAUCAUGUUCCCUUCACCCCCUUGCCCGAGAACACCAACCCUCAACACCAAACAUCCCUUCGUGUCAACAUUGUCCAGGGCGGAAAACGUAUCCUCCCUAGGUUCGACCUGCCAGCCGGGCAAUACCCCAACAUUGAAAGUCUCAAGCAAGCGGUCCUUCGUCGGUACCCAGGUCAAAUCCCGGGAUUGUUCACCCAGGAAGGAAAUCCUGCUGCUCAGGAAGCGCGCGAGACUGCUGCACUCGCGUCCUGGAAGCUCAAGGUGUGGUUGCCGGAUGGUCUGGUUCCGGUGGUUAAUCAGAAGGAUUGGACUAUUGCGGUACUUUCUGCUGAUACUGUUGACUGGAUGGAUGGGGACCUGAAGGUUCUCAUUGAGGUUGAGUAG